AUGGACUAUGGGGAUAGGAGGGUAGGAAUUACCCCGCAGUGGUGCGUAUGUACAGACGGGGCGCUCAGGGCCGGUUCGGACUUUCCGACCCCUUUGGCAGUGCCUACAGUCCGGCCCCCGCUAUACGAUACACACACAACAGACAGUGCGGAUUUCCUGGCAACUCGUCCGCACACGGCAGCGGUUAUUCCCGGCAAACCCGCCGGGAAUCCCCUCCAGUUCAUCCGGGUAGGCCCCGCGGACCUCGGCAGCCGGGCGCGGGAACAGCUCCGUCGAGCUGAACUUGCUAAACGCACCACAGAGCCCGCUCGCUUUGAGCGGCAAGAAGACUGGCAGUCGAACCUGGACAAUUGGAAAUCAUCACGCCGGAAGCGCGUCGAGCACAUAAUAGAGCGGUGUGUUGAGGUGCGACGUAUGGAGAACGAGCCCAGUCAACCACGCGCUAAAUCCAAAACCUUCAACGAGAUGCUGGAGGAACG